AAAGGAAAUAUAUUAUGUUACAGGAUACAGAUAACACAUUUUUAAUUGUCAAAUAUUGUUUGGUUUGUGGUGUUUGGUAUUUUUACCGAGUUGUGAAUUCUAAUUUUCACACUUAAGUACGCCGUAACAAUCGGUGAUUGAGAUUAUUCCGCAAAUUAGUAACUACGAAACAAUGGAUGAAUCAAUAGAGUCGCUGUCGCAGCCCGAUCUUUCAUUUCCACAAGCCACCCAAAGCGUCCAACCCAUGGAAACAAAUCAAACUGAAGUACCCAUCCAGCCAGGUACAGGCGGACCUCAGGGCGGCAAGCCCGAAGAGUUCUCAGUGGAAAAAGUACUUGACCGGCGCGUGAAGAACGGCAAAGUUGAAUACUUGCUGAAAUGGAAAGGCUAUUCCAAUGAGGACAACACAUGGGAGCCAGAGGAUAAUCUCGACUGUCCAGAACUGAUAUCUGCUUAUGAAGAGGUUCGUCUUAAGAAGGAGCAUGAGGCUGCCCCACCAGUGCCAGAUGUAACUGAAGAAAGCCUCAGUUCAAGGAAGCGGUCACGUAGGGGAGGAAAGAAAAAAAUUGAAGAAAUAGAGAAGCCCAGAGGCCUUUCACGUGGCCUCCAACCUGAAAAAAUUUUAGCUGGUCAACUGUUUCAUGGAACACUCUACUUCCUAGUUAAAUGGGAAGGUUGUCUGGAACUUGAUGUAGUUCCGGGACACGAUUUAAGUGAAGCAUAUCCCGACUUCGUGAUCAGCUACUAUGAGCGUUGUGCACCAUUCAGUGUGAGGCAUAAAGUUGGAAAAGUUCCACGAACUGCCCCAGAGCUUCCAAUGGAAAGUACAUCACAAUCCUCGGUAACGCCAAUGGAGGUGAUGGAGGGAACAUCUAGUACAAGUGAACCUCAACCAGACGAAGCUCCUAAGGUGCCGGCGCCCGAGGCAAUGGCCGAGCAGGAUUCACAGCCCAUAGAGGUGCCGGUCAACUGAUUCUCGUUUUACAACGCAAGCAGCAGCGAGUAUUGACCACAGACAAUUAUGAAUUGUCCAUGCCGUCUUUAUCUGCUAAAAAUUUUAGUCAUAAGUUUAAUUACUGUCGAGCUUGUGUAAGUAGGGUAGCUACUGUAAAGGUAGGAAAGGUACUAUUUUUACAAGUAUUUGUUAACUUUGGUAUAUUUUUGUAGUCAUAGGUAAUUUAAAAUCUAGGCUUCGCUGUGGUUAGUAUAAAAUUUACCUUAAAUUGUAAGGACAAAAUAUGUAGAUUUAUAUGUGCAAAUAUGAGGUAAACGCGUAUUCCAUUUUAUGUUUUUUGUUGGAUCACUCUCGGUUGAUUUCCAGAAACGUUUACAAUCGCUACCUUUGGACCUCAGAUGGGCCAAUCAAAAAAAAGCUUUGAGUACAGUUGAUUUAUUUUUGUUGAUAUAUUUUUGGGAUUGAUUCGAAGUUCGGGUUCGAAGGAUCGUUUAUCAAUAAACAGGUGAUGAUACUUAAGGUUUGUUUUACAACUUGAAGUAAAUUUUAUUUGACCGUUAGGCGCCAUAAACGGACAGUUUGAGUUAUCAAAGAAACUCAAUUAUACUUUAUUUUACAAUGUAAGUCCCUUGCUUAUGCAAGUUCAACAGUAUGUAUAAGAUUUAAAGCACUGUGUAUUUACUUGACUUGUGAGCUGAGGACGUAAUACAUUGCGUGAUAUAUGUGAAGAUUUUCUAUUGAAUUUAUAGCUAUGUUUAGAAGUUUAGAAAUGUCUUGUAUCAACUUGAAAUAUAGAUUGUAUGCAAAUUUUGCACACAUACCGCCAUUUUCAAUAAAUGAUCCCAAUCGCCUUUUCGAUCUAUGUCAAAAAUGGACGAAUCAAAGGUUUUUUUUAUAUUUACAAAUAAGUUAUUUUGAUUCGUUCAUUCUCGGAAUCGAAUUGAAGAUUGAGAUUGGGAUCGUUUAUUAAAAACGGUUGUUAUUCGUAGUUAUAAGUGGGAUAUUUGUGAGAAAUAGUUUUUAAGUAAAUGUUUAUAUUAAAAAGUAUAGUUUUAGUUCCUGAGAACAUCGAAAGUUUGUUUUUAACACGUCACAUCGCUGCUUUAUUAUUUCACUUGCAUCAUUUUAUAGCAUAUUAUUAAAUAGGAAAUAAGCAAGAAAUUUACAGUUUUCUUAAACACAUUAAACACCUAUUAUCAUACUCUAUUAAAACUGGAUAGACCAGUCACAAUGACAUACAAUUAAAUAUGUAUACUUCAAUAAAAACACUUUUUCAAUACA